GAACAUAUCUUCUGAUCAUCAGACGCUAGUUGUUCUCUUAUACAUACCAUUUCAAGAGAACACGAGGCAAAUAGAUCAAGAGCAGAAGCUAAAGAGAUCGAGAUGGAGAGCCAAAUGAAGAUGAUGGUUGUUUUCGGGUUAGUUGCAGCUGUGUUUUUACAGAAUGUGGCGGCACAGACGGCGCAUGUGGUGGGAGAUACCGCAGGCUGGAACGUACCACAGAACGGUGCACAACAGUAUGUUACUUGGGCGGCUAGUCAGACAUUCGUAAUUGGUGAUUCUCUGAUUUUCAACUUCGCAACCAACGCACACGACGUUGUUGAAGUGCCCAAAGCAUCGUUCGACUCUUGCAGCGACGACAACGAAAUCGGCAGCACCAUCACCACCGGCCCGGCCAACGUCAGUCUCACCUCCGCUGGUGACCACUACUACAUCUGCACUGUCGGUAGCCACUGCCAGUCCGGCCAGAAGCUCGCAAUCACCGUCUCAUCAUCCGCCACGACACCCGGAACCUCAACUACUGCACCACCUCCAUCUACCACUGCUACCACCACGCCGGGGGUGACUGCAGAGUCGCCGAACUCUUCUUCCCCUGCCGUUCGAACUGGUUUUGUUUUGUGCUUGUUGUCCGUUGUAAUGGGAUUCUUCUUUUAGAUACGUAUAUACAGUGUUAUGAUCCCAUUAUCCAAUUUGAUCAUCAUUUUCGAGAGCUCCAUCGAUAGAGUAUAAGCUAGAUUAAUGUUAAUUGUUAUUUAUCUAUCAGCGUGACAAUUUUUGGAGCGCAAGAUUAUCAAUAAAAAAAAAUUAUUUGGUCCA